AUGAAGGAGAUUGACGAAUACAAGACUAUGCCUAUCUACAACGAGCAGCAGGAGCUCCAUCCAUUGGCUCAAUUCCGCGACAUCCAGGAGUAUGCGAACAGCGCAAAUGUGCGCUUGACUGGCUAUGGCACAGGCAUCCUGUCCUCGAACGAGGUUGCCAAAAGCAUCGCAGCAAGGCUGGGCCGAUCCCCUGGACAGGUUCUGCUGCGCUGGGCCGUCCAGAAAGGGAUUGCAGUUACGCCCGCGUCGAGAAAGGUCGAACGAUUGAAGGAAAACCUGGAAGUGCUGAACUUCAAGCUGGAAGACGAGGACCUUUACAUUGCUGCGGCGGGUUUGGCUGACGUUGUUGCAGGGUGCAUUUCCAUGGGCUUGUGUUUUGGUACAAAUCGUGCCCAGAAUGAUUUAGUAGUUGUAGAAAUCAAUUUUCCAGAAAGGGCUGGCCGCAAUCUUUAG